CACCAGUCACCACCAGCCACACGCCCAACACAAGCACAGAGGCAUUUACCGAGAAGGAAAACAGAAGGCGCAGCAAUGGCAGCUCUCAGCUCCACGGCCGUGGCCAUUGCCAUCCUUGCACUCGCGACCGUGGCCGGCGCUGCUCUAGGGACGGCAACGACGAAGAAGCCCGUGAUCUACAUCUUCGGCGACUCGAUGUCGGACGUCGGCAACAACAACUACCUCCUCCUCUCCAUCGCCAAGUGCAACUACCCCUGGUACGGGAUCGACUACGAAGGUGGCUACCCCACCGGGAGGUUCACCAAUGGCCGGACCAUCGGAGACAUCAUGGCUGCCAAGUUCGGCGUCCCACCGCCGCCGCCGUUCCUCUCCCUGUACAUGACCGACGACGAGGUCCUCGGCGGCGUCAACUUCGCGUCCGGUGGGGCAGGACUUCUCAACGAGACCGGCAUUUACUUCGUCGAGUACCUGUCGUUCGACAACCAGAUAUCGUACUUCGAGCAGAUCAAGAACGCCAUGAUCGGCAAGAUCGGCAAGAAGGCCGCCGAGGAGGUGGUCAAUGGCGCAAUCUUCCAAAUCGGACUUGGGAGCAACGACUACGUCAACAACUUCUUGCGGCCGUUCAUGGCGGACGGCUUGGUGUACACCCACGACGAGUUCAUCGGCCUCCUCAUGGACACCAUCGACCAGCAGCUCACGAGGCUGUACCAUCUCGGGGCGCGUAAUGUCUGGUUCACGGGGCUCGCGCCGCUCGGCUGCAUCCCGUCGCAGCGCGUCCUCUCGGACAACGGCGGGUGCCUUGAAGACGUGAACGGGUACGCCGUUCAGUUCAACGCCGCGGCCAAGGACCUGCUCGACAGCCUCAACGCCAAGCUCCCCGGCGCGCGCAUGUCCCUCGCCGACUGCUACUCCGUCGUCAUGGAGCUCAUCGAGCACCCCAAGAAAUACGGUUUCACGACGUCGCACACGUCGUGCUGCGACGUGGACACGUCGGUGGGGGGCCUGUGCCUGCCGACGGCGGACGUCUGCGACGACCGCAGCCAGUUCGUGUUCUGGGACGCAUACCACACCUCCGACGCGGCCAACCAGGUCAUCGCCGGCUACCUCUACGCCGACAUGGUGAGGGCCGGCGACGUGCAGCAGGACAACACCACCGUCUCCGGCGCGCCUAGCGUUGUCCGGUCACCACGCCCGGUGCCGCCUUCCCGGCCCGCGGUGCGUGGCGGCAACACCACCUCCGCCCCCAGCGCCGCGCCGGACGCGCGGCCUGUGCAUGGCAAUGGCACCACCUCCGGGGCCCGCGCCUCGCCCGCUGCGACGCCUGUGAAUGGCAAUGGCACCACCUCUGCGCCUCCCGUCGUCGGAUCAUCCUCCCACGCCGCGCCGCCUCCCCAGCCUUGAACAAUACGAUCAGGCAGACAGACCCUGUGCCACCAUGGCAACAUCGACACAUUUUUGCGUUUCGUUCAUCUCCACUAUACGUCCAUACCAAACAUGUACUCGGACACUCGGUGAGUUAAGUCAAAUUAAUCAAAGCAGAUAUCGGAUUAUGCUAGAACA